CCGCCUACCAUUAUUAUCCAGGGAUGUGUUGAAACGAGCACACCCAUGACUGUAUUGCUUUUGCAACAUUUGGAAGGACAUUUAGGAACGUCUAUGCCGCAAUAGCCCGUCAUAACUAUUUAAAGGAUUUAUUUAACCUCCCGUGUCUGCAGGAUGUUUCAGAGGAGUAGAAACAUACGCGAAUUACUCAGCCUUGUGCCUGGCAAACGUCGCUUUGGGGCGUACAGGUUUCUUCCUGUCUUCUUUUGCAUCGGAGGCGUCAUGGAGUGGAUCAUGAUCAACGUGAGGAUAGGAAAAGAAACUUUCUAUGAUGUGUACCGAAGAAAACGAUCAGAGAGGGAGUACCAGCAGAAAGUAUCAGAAGGUCUCAUAGUUGUAAAUGAGCCUGCAGCCAAGUAAAAUAUGCUUUGGCUCACCGUGGACUUCUUUGGAAUUUUGCAAUGGUUCCUACCUUGGAAUUGUGCACACUUCUCAAUCAGUGACUUUAUUAAGUUGUAUGAAGAAAAUACUUCAAAACAUGCACAUUUUAUGGUUAAUUGCUGUUUUUUUAAAUUUAUUUUAAGAACUUCCAUAUACUGUAUGUUCAUAUAGAAUAUAGUAUGGUUAUAACAGCUGACCUGGCUUCAAUAUACUAAAUGGCACCUGCCAAAACAGCUUUGGUUUAACUAACAAAAUGAAAUAUAAAAACAUACAAUCAAGUGGGUCAGUUAUUUCAGUUGUUCCAUCCGAUUGGGAGACUUUGCAGGCAGAUGAAGCUGUUAGGGUGUUUCCACAGCAUGAUGGGGUUCCCAUCCAGCCUCAGCUCACACAUGUUGCUUCGGAUGUAAUAGCUUGUGUUUCCUUGGCAGAAUGUCUCAUCGGUUAUGGUUGCAAUCUUAUUGUUCUGUAGGGGAAAUGGAUAAUAAAGGCACAGCUUAACCUUUGAAUAAA